AUUGCGGUCUCAGAGUAAAUCUUCAGUAAAGACGCAAACUGAUAUGGAUGUAAGCAAUUUAACCGAAUUCGUAGCAACUGAAACGCAAACGUGCAAUGAAGUUGUCCUUGACGCAGCUGCUUCUAUGAUAAUUGAUGAUCCAAAACAACUGAAUUUAAGAAUGAUAUUUGACUUUACGAAUGAAUUGAGACACACACGAAGUAUUCUUUUAAAUUUGAAGAAGGACCAAGACCUUGAUCCAGAAAAGCAGCAAUUGGUCGAAUCCUUGCACGAAUCUCUAGAAACCAACAUACAUCAAUUAACAACAUGCAUUAAAAAUAUUGAGAGCAUUCCAUCACGGUGCGAUAUGUUAAAAAAUAAGUUAAAAUUAUCCAAAAAGUAUAUCAUGGAAAAAGAAAAUGAAAUCCAAGAACUUAAAAAAGAGAACAGAAUUUUGCAGGAUAAGGUCGCUGACAUUACGAAAAAGUUUGAAGAAUCAACUCGGUUAGUUGUAGAGAGUGACAAGGUCUGUUGUGAAUUACAAGAUACUAUAUCUAGAUUGAAAGUUGAAGUUAUUAGAUUGAAGGAUGCCUCGAGAUAUCUUACGGAAAAUAACAAGAAGUUAAAGUCAAGUGAUGCGGAUAAUGAAGUUAUGAAUAUGAAGCUGCGAAUAAACAAUUUAUAUACUGCAUUGAAACAGAAAAAUAUUGCUCUCAAUGAGCAGACGAUGAACCUAAAUCAAAUGCUAUCUCUGAAUAAGGAACUUCAGCAAAAAUUAUUUCGUGCAGAGACUUUGAACUUAAAUAAAAGUUCUAUAUUGAAUACCUAUAAGGAGAGAGCUCAUGUUUCGCAAAGACAGUUAUCUGAAACUAAGGAUGAAUUAAAAACUGUGAAAAACUCGAAAAGUUCAUUACAAUGUCGUCUGAGCAAAUUAGAAGUUAAUAUACAACGAACGAAAGGUAAAAUAAAGCAUUUUGAUAUGAGCACCCAGUGCGAUGAACCUAUGUCGGUGGUAGACAAAUCUGUUACAUGUUUGGAAAUGAAAGAAAUUUAUUGUCAGACUGAAAUAAUAUCUAGUGAGCUAGACGAGCAAUUAACCGAAUAUCGUACAAAAUACACGGAAUUUCAAGCUUGGCUUGUAAAAUCUGAAUCCAAACUUCAUCAAUACGAAGUAAUGUUGCAACAAUUUUUAACAAAAGUGGUCUCUCGAAAGGGAGAGCAAUCUCAGCAUGAUCAGAAGAAUAAAAUUCAUUCUAGAAGUGAAGCUGCAUAUAGUGCAUGUGAAUUACUCGAAUUAACUCCGGCUGAAAUAGCUCAACUUUAUGAUACGAAUAAAUCAGGUGAAAGUGGCGAUUUUAAAUCAUCGUCAGUUCAGGUAAAUGAAUGGAUGAUAACUAUAAGAAACAUCACAAAAUGCCCAAUAUUUAGCGAAGCUCUCUCAUGUUAUUUGUACAAGAUUGUAAUGCAGUAUCUUGCAUUAUGA